AUGAAUGUUCUUCAUUUCACACUAUUUUUCGCCACCGUUGGAGUCAUGUCGGCUGCGACCACGAAGAAGCCAGUGCCCGCUUGUGCCAAAUGUCUGCCAAGAACUGCUGUUUUGAUGGCAGCUUCUGGCCCGGGAACAGUUAAGCCUACAAAUAAGGUGGUGGCAAAUACAGCAGCCGGCUGCAAACGAAUAAACGUCAUUUGUACGGCACCAGCCGGAGCAACUAAGGCGUCCAUGGAGUUCAAUCGCCGUUACGGUGGACCAUAUGAAGGGAAAGUUGUGACCGCUACGUUAACCUGUGAUGCUCAACAGAAAUGGCGUUACAGUAAGGAUGGAGCCAUAAUAAUUGUCAAUUCCGUCAACUGCAUGUACGUAUAG